CAGGAAUAAGUGUCUGUAUGCGAAGUACAGCUGAGUAUAGGUUGUGUGUGUGUGUGUGAACUCUAGACAUGAAUGCUCUAGUGGUUAUCCUCUUCCUUGUAAAUAGUUUUCCGCAUUCACAUGCUGUGGAGAAGAUACAGGAGUUCUUCAUCGCUGCAGUGGAGACAAGCUGGGAUUAUCUGAACACUGGUGAUGGGGAUCCAGCUGCUAAUCUCAGAGGAUCCAGCGUCCAAAAGUAUGUCAAAGUCGUGUACACUGAAUAUACAGACUCAACCUUCGCCACCCCGAAAACGAAACCUCCAUGGGCAGGAAUUCAAGGUCCUACAAUCAGAGCAGAAGUGAAUGACCGAGUGGUGGUCCACUUUAAGAAUUUCGCUACUUAUCCUCUCAGCAUUUCCCCGAUCGGUAUCCCCUACUGGAAACAAUCUGAAGGUGCUGGUUAUGAGGACGCCACAUCUUCCCUGGAGCAAGAGGAUGAUUCUGUAAAGCCUGGUGGAUAUUAUAAAUACGUGUGGGACAUUCAUCCUAACAGUGGGCCAACCAUCGCAGACCCAGAGUGUCUCACCUACUCCUACUCAUCACAAGUGGACACUGUGCGAGACUUCAAUUCCGGACUCAUCGGGGCUUUCCUGAUCUGCAAAUCAGGUACACUAACGGAUGACCGUCAGCGUAAGUUGCCUGAGUUUGUGCUGCUGUUUGCUGUUUUCGAUGAAAGUAAGAGUUGGUAUAGAGACGUGGGCAGGGCGGAUAAACCGAGGAAACCGUCUGAACGUCAGCAGUUCCACACCAUCAACGGAUACAUCAAUUCCACACUGAAAGGUCUGAAGUUAUGCCAGAAAAGCUCAGAAGUUUCCUGGCACCUUAUUGGUCUGGGCUCCACUCCAGACAUUCAUACUAUUCAGUUCCAGGACCACACUCUAAAAGUUAUGGAUCACAGACGGGUUAUGGUAGAGAUGAGCCCUAUGACCUUCACCACUGCCCUGCUCAACCCAUAUGCUGUAGGAAAGUUUCUUAUUUCCUGUAGGAUCCAUGCACAUCAGCAAGCUGGUAUGAGUGCCUUCUUCACUGUGGAGAACUGUCCUGAAUCCAAUGAACUGCCUGAAGUACAAAAUGUUGAUGAAAAAGAUGAAGAGGACAUGGACUACACAAGGGAUAAUCUUUAUUCUAUUCUCUUUCGACCUGGUGGACCCCCAUCCAUUCUGAGGUCUGGUGGAAGACGACCCAAAGUCUGGAUUCAUUACAUCAGUGCUGAGGAGAUCAUGUGGGACUACAACCCUCAGGAUGACCGAACUACAAAGCUUGAGCCUUCAGUUCAAAAAACACCACGCUUAGGUAAAGUCUAUAAGAAGGUAGCUUAUGUCGAGUACACAGACAGCACGUUCACAAAGAAGAAAAACCAAAGCAACGCACUGAUUGGUCCAGUGCUUAGAGGAGAGGUGAAUGACCAGUUUCAGAUUAUUUUUAAAAAUAUGGCCAAUCGACCUUAUAACAUCUUUCCAAAUGGACUUGCCAACGUACAGCCAGUGAAGAAGAGAGAUAAGCAAGUGGAUCUGAGGUCCCUGGCUGUCCCACCAGGUGAGAUCAUGAUGUACCUGUGGAAGGUGACAGCAGAGGAUGCUCCCAUUGAAGCCGACCCCCGCUGUCUGACCCGGAUGUAUCACAGUACAGUGGAUUCAGAGCGAGACAUUGCGUCUGGGCUGGUUGGGCCCCUUAUCAUCUGCAAGUCACAGAGUUUGGACAAACGAGGGAAUGUGUUAUCUUCAGAUAGUGAAAAACACCUCAUGUUCUCCAUUUUUGAUGAAAACAAAAGCUGGUAUGCUGAUGAGAACAUCAGGAAGUUUAGCGAAGAUCCUUCCAAAAUUGAUCGCAAUGAUCCUCAUUUUUACAGCUCUAACAUCAUGCACAGUGUAAAUGGUUUCAUGUAUAACAGUCUACAGUUUAAAAUGUGUGUUGGUGAGGUUAUGCUCUGGCACGUGGCUAAUGUGGGCAUGCAGAGUGAUUUUCUGUCAGUUUAUUUCACGGGAAACCCAUUCGAAAAAGACAGAACCUAUGGCACAGUUCUUACGCUUUUCCCAAUGACAGGUGACACGGUCAUUACCGAGAUGGAGACUGAAGGUGAAUGGGAGAUUGGUGCCUUCGAUCCCACUCUGAAAGCACAAGGGAUGUCUGUACGAUACUCUGUGUUUAACUGUGAGCAAGAGCUCCCCCUGGUGGACACUGAUGAUUACGAUGACUUGGCCAACCACAUAGAUAAACACUUCCCGAUCCCACGGGGCUUCAAGAAGAGGAACCGAACUAUGACUAUCCAGGUUUGCCAAAAAGUGUCAAGCAACACAAAUCAAACAGAGGAGCAAAAUUCCAUCAGUGGCCCUCUGGAGAAAACAGGUGAGAAGACCACCCUGGUUUGCAGAAAAAAACUUGUCCCUGUAGAUAAAGCCGAGGAUCUGGAUGUUCUCUCCCAGGGGGGAAUUCCGCAGGAUAUUCUAGAUCAACUGAACAUGGAGAUGGGUCAAUCAAAACGCCAAAAGAGGCUUGCGUUUGUAGAGAAUGACACAGCAGCAAAGAUUGACCAUCCUUCCUCUCAUUCCCACAGAAAUCACACAGAAUCUUUAAGUCACAAAGGAACAAAAGCAGAUGAAAUGGUUAAGAUGGAAGUUAAUGAUACACAGAGAUACCAGGAACAAGAAAAACCUGAAAAAUCAAACCCAGAUAAGAGUCCAUCUGUUAACCUCUUUAAGAAAUUUAUUCAUAAAUCAGGACUGAAUAUGACCUCUGAUUUGGGCCCCAAGAUUAACUUGACAGAGAGGCCUCGAAGACAGGCUUCGGAAAAGGAUACAGACAGGGUCACAAAACCAAAUGAUGCAGUCACUGACAAUGAUGUCCUAAAAGAUACAGUUCUAGAUCUGGAGAAGGUGAACGAAAGCCUAGAUGCUCAUAACUCUCCCCACAUAGAUCAACAUCUGGAUCAACAUCUGGAUCUGAGCUCUAAGUAUUUUUCGCCAAACUCCUCCCAGAAUGAGACCCACUCAAAUAACCUUCCGCCUUCGGAAUAUGACGAUUACGAAGAUGAUGAGAACAAAACCAUUUCAAGUUACGAGUCCUCUGACGAGAUUGAUAUCAGGUCCGGUGAAUCCAAGUUCCGUAGCUAUUACAUCGCAGCUGAGGAAAUCAUGUGGGACUAUGGAAUUGACAAACCUUCCCAACUCAUCAGUACCAGGGAGACGAAAAGGGGAUUAAAAAAGUAUUUUCCAGCCUACAAGAAAGUUGUGUACCGAGCGUACCAUGACAGAGAAUUCAAGAAUCCUGUGAAACGUGGAGAGCUAGAUGAGCACCUUGGGAUCAUGGGUCCUGUGCUUAAGGUGGAGGUCAAUGAUGUUCUUACUGUCGUUUUCAGGAAUACCGCCUCCAGACCGUACUCCCUUCAUCUACAUGGUGUGUAUGACAGAACCAUGGUGAGCUCUGCACCACAGGGAGUGAAACUACGGGAGGACGAGGGACCUGGUGACCCUGUGCCUCCGGGGGAGGAGAGGAUCUACAAUUGGAGAAUUACUAAAAGACAAGGACCAUCAUCCAAGGACUUUGACUGCAAGGCCGGAGCUUAUUACUCUACUGUUAAUAUGGAAAAGGACAUAAACUCUGGUCUGAUCGGUCCCUUGCUGAUCUGUCGUCCCGGGACGCUUCAGUCACGUGCCCUCCUGCAACCUGGAGUGCAAGACCUAUUCCUCCUGUUUACUGUUUUCGACGAGAAGAAGAGCUGGUAUCUGGAUUACAACAUGAGGAAGUUCUGUACAUCACCGUGCCAGGCCAAAGUAGACGAUCCCUGGUUCGAGACCAACAAUAAAUUUGCUGCAAUCAAUGGACACGUCGCAGAUACUCUACCUGGCCUGGUGGUGGCGCAGCACCGGGUAUCUCGCUGGCACCUUCUAAACGUUGGCAGCGGUGGAGAGUUUCAUGCUGUCCACUUCCACGGAAUACCGUUUAGCAACGGGAAAGACCAGGAACACCGCCUGGGCAUCUACAACCUUUAUCCGGGAAUGUUUGGAACCAUUGAAAUGAGACCAGGCGUGGUGGGCACCUGGCGGGUGGAGUGCACCAUUGGAGACCACCAACUCUCUGGCAUGAGAGCCAAACUUUUAGUUUAUAACCCAGAAUGUGUUCAGCCGUUGGGAAUGCAGUCAGGAUGGAUAGCUGAUGAGCAGCUCACUGAAUCCGAUCAUUAUGAAAAGUGGGAGGUAGGUUUAGCCCGACUGCACUUAUCCGGCUCGGUUAAUGCUUGGAUUGGCAACAAUGAAAAGUCUUGGAUACAGGUGGAUUUGUUACGGCCCAUGGUGCUCCACGGGAUCCAGACACAGGGAGCGAAAACUACAUUCGGUCUGAAGGACAUGUUUACUGUGAUCUUCACCAUCAGCUACAGCAUGGACCAGAAAACGUGGAAGAUGUACAAAGGAAACAGUAGCGAGUCUGUCUAUAAAUUUAAUGGAAAUCUGGAUGGCUCCAAGACAAAGGAGAACCACUUCUCACCUCCAAUCAUUGGCCGCUACAUUCGCAUUCAUCCAGUCACCUACGUCAUCAAGCCGACUUUGAGGUUUGAGCUGCUGGGCUGCGAUCUCAACAGUUGCUCACUACCAUUAGGAAUGCAGAAGAACCUGAUUUCUAAAGAUCAGAUUACGGCUUCAUCCUUCCGACAAAGCUGGAGAAACUCAUGGACCCCAGAGCUCGCCCGACUCAACCAAGAGGGCAGCGCCAACGCAUGGAGACCUAAGUCUAAUAACCCUUACGAGUGGCUGCAAGUGGACUUUAAUAUGGUGAAGAGAGUCACUGGUAUCAUCACACAGGGAGCCAAAUCCAUGUUCACGAGCAUGAUGGUGACCGAGUUCACCAUCUCUGUUAGUGAUGACGGCCACAGCUGGGCCAAGGUCACCGAACCGGGAACGCAACGGGAGAAGAUCUUUGAAGGGAACAGCGAGUACAAUGAGGAGAAGCUGAACAUGUUCGAGCCUCCGCUGUUCACUCGAUUUAUCCGCAUUCACCCCAAAGGCUGGAAUAAUGACAUUGCACUGAGGGUGGAGUUCCUGGGAUGUGAUACGCAACAGAGACUCUAACAGGCAGAGUGGAAGAGAGAGAGAGAGAGAGAGAGAGAGAGAGAGAGCGAGUGUGACUGAAAGUGUGAAACAUAUAGAAGAAGUGUGAGUGCGUGAGCGAAUUAAAAAGUGUUUGCGUGAUCAUUGACUCAUUCAAAUUUACUGAUUGUAAAAUUGUUCUCAUUUUUAUUAUUUUUGAAUUAUUUUCGUACAUAUUUAUCGCUCAAAUCUUUUAAUGCUGGUAAUGGAUCUCUCAUUGUUCAGGAUCUGUUCAGAAAAAAAAUGCCUGUUGAUUACACACACACAUAGAUCACUUUGUAUUCCUACAAUGACUGAGUGGAGUCUGUUUGCUGUGUGGUGUGUGUGGUGUGUGUGGUGUUAUAUGAGUCUAUAAGAUACAGCAGCAGCGUUAUACUUGUAGGUGUACAGUUAGAGACCAUAGUUUAUCUUUUUCCAUGCACAGCGUGUGUGAACUCUUUAUCUUUGUCAGUUUAUGACCACAGCACUGCUGCUGUACCUGAUAACACUCACACCAGCCAUACACACACACACACACACACACACACACACACACACACACACUCUGCUACCAUGGCAUUGUUAUUGCUGCGCUUAGAAUAAUAUCUGGUGAGCUAUGGUCUUACUGGUGGUCCUUUUCCAUCACUAAUACAUUGUGUAUUGUCCAAUUAGUGACACUUCAGGCAAUUCCGUAUAUAGACUAAUAAUUAGGAAAUGUAUGUACAUAUAUUUUUCUUUUAUAUCAGUGUUUUUUAUUAUUUAUGAACUUUUUUUUCCCCCAAAUAUGCUGCUCAUUUAAUGUUUUUUUUGUU